UCGGUGCAGACCUCUGUGUCCAUCUUCCAGACACUGCAACUCAUAGAAGUGGUUCACUGUGUGGUCCGUCUGGUGCCGUCCAACGCCUUCCAGACCUUCAUCCAAGUGUUGUCCCGAUUAGUGGUGGUUUGGGGUAUACUUCUGCCGGUGAUUGAGACGCGCAAUGGCUUAGGAGUACCGAUGCUUUUGAUCGCGUGGUCUAUCGCAGAGAUGACUCGUUAUCUGUAUUACGCGCUCAAUAUCUACAAUCUGGUGCCAUAUGUGCUCACUUGGCUCCGGUAUACCCUCUUCAUAGUCCUCUACCCGAUCGGUGUGUCCGGCGAACUCAUAACCAUCGUGUCUGCCAUCCCCUACAUCCGUCACCGCAACCUAUGGGCCAUACAUUUGCCUAACUUUGCCAACAUUUCCUUCUAUUACCACUAUUUGCUGGUAAUUGUAAUCUUGUCGUACAUUCCCUUUUUCCCUCAAUUAUACCUCUAUAUGAUUGCUCAGAGAAAGAAGGUUUUGGGCAACACUUCCGUCACCGCUUGCCAUAAGACUAAGUGACCACUAGUGCAAUAAAUACUGUUAGUUUGCUUUCAUUUAGGACAUACUGUUGACCAGGUUUUGGGUAUUUUUAUAUUUUAUUAGUUAUACAAUACUGUAUAUUUUUCGAUUAAUAUUUGUGUUUAUUUUUUAAUAAAAAAAUUCUGAUUUUUUGAUUUUUAA